AAGCGGAUGCAGCUGAGACUGGUUUGGCGGCUCAAGAGUUGGCUAAGAGGUUGACGGAAUGUGGUUUUCCGAUGAAGAAGAGGUAAUCUGGGUUAGGAAUCGAUGCCAAGGUGAAGAAGUGGAAGGACAUGGUGAAGAAAAAGGAGGCGUUGCUUGUUGAGAGUCGUAACCCAGUGGCUUUCGCUUGGACUCUGGUUGCUUUAUGCUGUGGAACUCACGCUACUCAUAUUUUGCACUCUCUUGGCAUUCAUAUUCACGGUUCAAUGUUGGAUAUACUGCAUAAUUCUUAUGUCAAAGCUGGAUUGGCAGUUGGGGCUUUAUUAGGACCUGGACGAGACCUGCUCUUUGAUGGUCUUCGGGCAUUCACAAAGGGAUCACCAAAUACAAACUCUCUUGUUGGCUUUGGAUCGAUUGCUUUUUUUGCAAUUAGUUCUGUCUCCCUGCUUAACCCUGAGCUUCAAUGGGAAGCAUCAUUUUUUGAUGAGCCGGUCAUGCUUCUUGGGUUUGUAUUACUAGGGCGUUCCUUGGAGGAAAGGGCAAGGCUGAAGGCAUCUAGUGACAUGAAUGAGCUAUUAUCACUUAUAUCCACUCAGUCUAGACUUGUAAUUACUUCAUCCGGCAGUGAUUCCUCGACUGACAUUGUCGGUUCUGAUGCAAUUUGUAUUGUAGUUCCAACCGAUGAUAUUCGAGUUGGUGAUUCUUUGCUCGUUUUUCCUGGAGAAACUAUACCCGUAGAUGGAAGAGUCGUUGCAGGUCGAAGUGUUGUGGAUGAGUCUAUGCUUACUGGAGAGUCUCUUCCGGUGUUUAAAGAGAAGGGUGUUUCUGUCUCAGCUGGUACAAUUAACUGGGACAGUCCUUUGAGGAUUGAGGCCUCUUCCACUGGUUCCAAUUCAACAAUUUCCAAGAUUGUUAACAUGGUUGUCUCCUGCCCUUGUGCUUUAGGCCUUGCCACACCAACUGCAAUUCUUGUUGGAACCUCACUAGGAGCAAGACAAGGACUUCUUAUCAGAGGAGGAGAUGUACUGGAACGCUUGGCAAGUGUGGAUCAUGUCAUGCUGGACAAGACAGGAACUCUGACUGAAGGAAAACCUGCUGUCUCUGCUAUCACGUCAUUGGGGAAUGAGGAAUUAGAGAUUCUUCAAAUAGCUGCUGCAGUGGAGAAAACAACAUCACACCCCAUUGCUCAUGCUAUUAUUAGCAAAGCAGAAUCAUUAAAUUUGAGUAUCCCUGUCACACGUGGACAAUUGGCUGAACCUGGCUCUGGAACCAUGGCAGAAGUAAAUGGGCUCUUGGUUGCAAUUGGAAAGCUGAAAUGGGUUCAAGAACGUUUCCAGCAAAAAACAGACCUUUCUGAUUUGAUGACUCUUGAGCAAUCUGUGAUGCAUAAAUCAUUACAGGACAGUCAAUCAUCUAAUCAUUCAACAACAGUUGUAUAUGUUGGGCGGGAGGGAGAGGGUGUGAUUGGGGCCAUUGCAAUAUAUGAUAAAUUAUGCGAGGAUGCUGAGUCUACAAUAAGCAGGCUUCAGCACAAGGGAAUUGAAACAGUACUGUUAUCGGGAGACAGGGAAGAGGCAGUUGCAACUGUAGCUAAGACAGUAGGUAUAAAAGACAAAUUUGUCAAUGCAUCUUUAACACCCCAGCAGAAAUCUGCUGCCAUCUCAGAUCUUCAAGCUUCAGGUCACCGCGUCGCCAUGGUUGGUGAUGGCAUUAAUGAUGCACCUUCUCUUGCUCUUGCUGAUGUGGGGAUUGCUUUGCAAGUUGAAGGACAGGAAACUGCUGCUUCAAAUGCAGCAUCCGUUAUACUCCUUGGAAAUAAACUAUCACAGGUGCUGGAAACUCUUGAUCUUGCACAGGCAACAAUGGCAAAAGUUCAUCAAAAUUUGUCUUGGGCGGUUGCAUAUAAUGUGGUUGCGAUACCCAUUGCAGCUGGAGUGCUACUUCCAAAUUUUGAUUUUGCAAUGACACCAUCUCUUUCAGGAGGGUUAAUGGCUAUGAGCUCAAUAUUUGUCAUCAGCAACUCACUGUUGCUACAAUUCCAUGGCUCUCAAAAGAAAAGAAAAGAGAACCUUACCUAUAAACACACUCAAAAGGAGCAAUAACUCCAAGCUCAUCCAAAUCAAGGAGUUGACAUAUGGUUUGGGUUUACUCUCAAUGGGAUGAAGAAACACUGAUUGGAGCUCUUUGUGAUGCUGUGAAGGUUUCUAGUAGCCAUGGUUCGAUCUUCUAGCUCAAAACUCCCUACCUUCGUGUUUCCGGGCCUAAGUCGUAGCUUCAGUUCUGUAUUUUCUGUUAUGUUGUAAAUAAACUCCUCUCGUAUUUAUUGCUGACAUGUUAAUGAUUUUCUCCCUUUUGCUGCUUCUGUUAUCCUCAA